GCAGCAAUCACACUUCCUGGAGUGGCUUCACAGCACGACGUCAUCUUGCGUCGCGUCGCUGAAAAUCUUCUAGGAAGCGGAGGAAGGGGGCGGGCUGAAGCGCGACCCACUUCUUUUAAAACAAUACAAUAAAAUAAAGCCGGUGCUGCCUCGUUAGUUGAAGGUCUCCUCAACUGCAUCCUGUGGCCCAGCGUGGCCUGUGCUGCUCUGGGCGUGGUGUCAGGAGCCAGACUGCCUUGAGAGAGAAGGGAACAGCAUUUGAGACAUCCAUGGCUGGGGCAACCGCUACUCCUUCUGUCCCGAAGCCCAGUGUCUCUCGUCGACUGAACAUAAACGUGGGGGUCCUGGGUCACAUUGACAGUGGCAAGACUGCUCUGGCUCGUGCCCUCAGCACUAUUGGUUCCACUGCUGCUUUUGACCGAGCCCCACAGAGCCGAGCUCGUGGCAUCACCCUGGAUUUGGGCUUCUCCUGCCUCUGUACAGAGCUGCCUCCACACCUGGGACCUGAGCCUGGUGAGCUCCAGCUGACCCUGGUGGAUUGCCCAGGACAUGCCUCCCUUAUUCGUACCAUUAUUGGAGGUGCACAGAUUAUUGACCUGAUGAUGCUUGUGAUAGAUGUAACAAAAGGGAUGCAGACUCAGUCAGCAGAGUGUUUGGUGAUUGGGCAAAUUGCAUGUCAGAAGAUGAUAGUGGUUUUGAACAAAAUAGAUCUUCUUCCAGAAAGUAAACGACAGACUGCUGUUGAGAAGAUGACCAAGAAAAUGCAGAAGACCUUGGAAAAUACUAAGUUCCAUGGAUGUCCUAUAAUUGCCACUGCAGCAAAACCUGGUGGACCAGAAGCUCCAGAAACAGCUACACCAAUAGGAGUUUCUGAACUAAUUGAGGUUUUGAAGUCAGAGGCUUACCUACCAACAAGAGAUCCCUCGGGAUCUUUCCUCAUGGCCGUUGAUCACUGUUUCUCCAUUAAGGGUCAAGGGACUGUGAUGACAGGAACUAUUCUUUCGGGCUGUGUUAGCAUUGGGGACAAUGUGGAGAUUCCCGCCCUGAAGGUGACGAAGAAAGUCAAGUCCAUGCAGAUGUUUCAUACUCCAGUAACCUAUGCCAUGCAGGGUGACAGGGUAGGAAUCUGCGUCACUCAGUUUGACCCAAAGCUGUUGGAACGAGGUCUGAUCUGUACACCCGAAUCUCUCCAGACUAUUCAUGCUGCUAUCAUUUCUUUAAAGAAAAUCCCAUAUUUCCGAGGUGCUCUUCAGACCAAAGCAAAGUUUCAUAUCACAGUUGGCCAUGAAACUGUUAUGGGAAGAGUGAUGUUCUUCAGCCCAGCUCCUAAUGACUUCAACAAAGAAACCAUGGAGAGUGAUUUUGAUUUUGGAAAGGAAUAUCUUUAUCAAGAGGAAUAUCUUUCCAAAGAGUCCAAGUCUUCAGAGGAAAACAAAGAGAACGGCCAGACUAGGGAAAGACAGCUCCCAAAACAACAGUGGGCCUUACUCGAGUUUGAAAAACCAGUUACUUGUCCUAAGUUGUGUCUUGUGAUUGGCUCAAAGCUGGAUACUGAUAUUCAUGCAAACACUUGCAGGUUGGCAUUCCACGGAGUGCUCCUUGAAGGAAUGGAAGACAAAAAUUAUGCAGAGACAUAUCUUCCAAAACUUAAAGUUUACAAGCUGAAACAUAAGGAAGGACAAGUGGAACGGCUCUGUGAUGCUUACAGUUUGAUUGGUCGUUCACUAUUUAAAAAAGAGACCAACAUCCAGAUUUUUGUGGGGCUGAAGGUCAAGUUAUCCACAGGAGAGGAAGGUGAAAUAGAAGGUGGCUUUGGGCAGAGUGGAAAGUUUAAAAUUCGCAUUCCAGAUGGGGUGAGGCCAGAAACAAAGGCACUUCUGACUGCCAUAUCUAAGAAGAAGCCCAAGGCAGGGAAGGGAGAUACAGCAAAAGAGGAUGAAAGCAGCAAGGUUGACUCAGUCCAGCCUGUUCAUAUCACUCUUCUCUUUAAAAGAUACAUCUUUGAUGAACAGAAGAAAAUGAUUCAGUCUUGAGAAACAUCUGAAGUAUGCUUUAAAGGCUGAACACAAAAAUGACUUGCUAGGCAUUUCCCAUGGACUAAAGACCAUUCUUCUUGGCCUGAAGAAGGCUUCAAGAUGCUUUAUAUAUUUCUAGCUUUGCUGUUCCAAUCUGCUAUGCUGCAGGUAGAUGGCACUUGUUGAAAUUGUUAAUUCACAGCUAAUGCAAAUACUUUUGUGUAGUUUAUAUUUUAUAUAUUAAUUUGAACUUUCUGAUGUUUUUUGAUAGUCAGUGAAUCAAACCAGUAAAUGAAAUUUCACCAGCUUGACUUGAUGUGAAGGCAAAAUGUAAACAUUGUGCAUGCUGGAACUAGAUUAGAUGUUUAAAUUCUUUUAUGUUUAAUAAUCCAAACGCUGUGUUUGUAAAGCAGGGAUUAUUUUGUAAGUGGAGGUUUGUACCUUGAGUACCAUUUAUAACUGGCUUCAGUGUCAGAACAUCCUUAGGGAUGUACAUAAUUUCAUGGUAUAUGUUGUUAACCUUUGCUGUUCAAGGGUUUCAGAGCUGCUUUUGUAUAAUGCUUCUGUACAAGCUUUCUGAAUCGGCUGGUUAAUGUUUUCCUCUAGGAAAGCUGAGAAAAUAAGCAACUUUGAGCUACUGUUAAGACAUUCUGCUGAACAUGAAUGCUGCUCAGUGUCUCUGAAAGCAUCUUAAUUGUUUAAUUUAACUAAAAAUGGUUUGAGGUGGACAUUUGUUUUAUUUAAAUAUAAAGAUAAUAAAUUGUACUUAUAAGGUUUUUAUGCAGUCAUUUGGUUCCACAUUCUCCUUCUCUUCUCUAAGCAGAGUCUGGAGCACAGGUCAACUCUCUAGGCUUUGGCUCCCCUAAUGUCCACAGUAAUGUGAAUUGCCUACAUUUUGUGUGACCUCUGUGUAUGAGUGGGCAGCAGGGCUGGGAUAGAUCAUCCUGACAGUGAUGUGGACAGCGAAUAGAAACAUACUGAAAUCUCAAGCACCAACUGGGACUGCUAAAUCAAUGUAAUCCCAGUGUUGCAGCUGUAAGAAAGUUCAGUAAAUUGAUUCCCAAGUGAUGUGUGACACUUGUGAGUCUUGUGAAUGUC